AUGAAUCAGGCCGCCCUGCCGCUCGCCGGCCACCCCGCGGCGCCGCUGGGCGCCGGGCGCGAUCCCGCGAAGGCUGCCCCGCCGCCGGCCGCCCGGCGCGCGGACGCCACAGCCAUUUUGGCGAAGGCCUUUCAGUGGGCGAGCUGGAGUUGCCACCGCCCUGCAGAGAGCGAGCGUCCGCCCGUCAUGGCGGCACACUUGCAGUUCGUGGAGAACGAAUGGACUUGCCCGCAGUGGGUGUCGCUCAGUGACGGGCCGUGGGUGGACGCACCCUACAUGCAGUGGGACCGCGCCACGGGCUCGUGGAAGUGCCUUAUGUGCACUACGAAUGGGAGCACAGUGACGGCACGCAAGCGGCACCAGGACUUCAGCCGCCGCCCGCAGCAGCUGGCCGCGGCCAGCCAGCACCUCCAGCUGGACAUCAGCCUCCGGCAGCUGGGGCUCCAGCUGGACCUCCGCCUCCAGCAGCUGGAGCUCCAGUGCUUCAGCCGCCGCCCGCACCAGCAGGGCAGCCAGCAGCAGCAGCUGGCCAGCAAGCACCAGGCCAUCGAGGAGUCGAACAACUUGUUGCAGACGCUCGCAGAGCGAGUGCAGUUGGUGGCGGACCGCGUCGCGGAGACCAACGAGCUGCUCGGGGUUAUGGCCCAGGCAGCGCCGCGCGGGUCGCCAGCGCAGGCCGUGCGCGCGAACCGCGGUGAUGCGGCGCCCUCCCAGGCGGCGCCCUACCAGCAGCAUGGCACUGACGCGGCGCAGCCCACCGAGGCGCCGGCGGGCGGCGACCGCGGAGCCCGCGGGGCGCCAGCCAAGGCGCGCCCGGCAACGCGCCGCCGCCGCAGCCGCAGCCGCCGCGGCGGCGGCGGCGCCGCUUCGCAGCCAGAGGCCGCCGAGGAGGAGGACGAGUCCUGGGGCGCCUGGACCGCAGCUGGGAAGCGGCCGGCGGUGGGGGACGAGGCCGCCGAGGAGGGCGAGUCCUGGGGCGCCUGGACCGCGGCCGGGAAGCGGCCGGUGGCGGAGGCCGAGGCCGCCGAGGAGGACGAGUCCUGGGGCGCCUGGACCGCGGCCGGGAAGCGGCCGGCGGCGGAGGCCGAGGCCGCCGAGGAGGACCAGUCCCGGGGCGCCGGGACAGCGGCCGGGAAGCGGCCAGCGGCGGAGGAGGCCGCCGAGGAUGACGACUCCUGGGGUGCCUGGACCGCGGCCGGGAAGCGGCGUGCGGCGGCGGAGGAGGCCGCCGAGGAUGACGACUCCUGGGGCGCCUGGACCGCGGCUGGGAAGCGGCCGACGGCGGAGGCCGAGGCCGCCGAGGACGAGUCCUGGGGCGCCUGGGGCCCGACUGGGAAGCGGCGUGCGGCAGAGGCCAAGGCCGCCGAGGCGGACCAGUCCCGCAGGACUGGGAAGGCCAAGGCCAAGGCCGCAGAGGCCAAGGCCGCCGCCAAGGCCGCCGCCAAGGCCGCCGUCCUGGGAAGCGGCCCGCAGGCCAAGGCCGCCCCACGGGGCGCCUGGGGCCCGGCUGGGAAGCGGCGUGCGGCAGAGGCCAAGGCCGCCGAGGCGGACCAGUCCUGCUGGACUGGGAGCCCAGAGGGGCCCACCGAAAUAGUGAUCAAGCCCCCGUGCUUGAUCUGCAACGUGAGGAAGCCUAGUUCCGGCACGGUCACUCUGGCCCGGCAGCACACGCGCGAGAGCCACGCAGACAUGUCGGAGCAGGAGUUCGCGGUGAGGGUGAACGACCAGUUGAAGUCCACGGAGUUGAGGCUGUGCGGCGCGCUCGGCAGGGACAAGAGGCAUGGUGCUCACAUGCGGGCUUUCUGGGCCUCGACAGUAUCUUUCUUCGUGGCGUUCGUGGGUUGGUUCGCCCUGAGCCCGAUCGCUAUCGAGGUGGUCCACAGCAUCGACGCUUGCGAAAACCAGCUCUUCCCACCGGUUGCGAACCCAGAGAGGAAAGCAUUCUUGAAGUUCAAGGCGAUCGCGUCGGGGAAGAAGUAUUGCCAGCAUGGGAAGAUCGGAGAGGAUAACGAUCCGACUGGGUGCCAGGAUGUGCCGCAGGACGUUUGGGACGAGAGUUGUGGCGGGGUGGCGGCCACCGCGUGCACGCAGAGCGAGACGCUCACGGACGACGUCGAUCUGUGCCCCGAGGCGUGCAUGAAAUAUCCAGCUGCCUGCGGGGGCACGGUGGCGGAUAAUUUCGAAGUCCUCCCUAAGUGCGUUUGCAGCCCGGGCACGCACUGCGGUUCGACGAUCCUGUAUUCAAGCAUCACCUCGGUCGGCAUCACGAUCUUUGUGCGCGUGGCGCUCGGCACCCUCCUCGAGAGGUUCGGCCCGGUCAAUGUGCAGUCUGGCCUCCUGCUUUUCGGAGCCAUCUGGGUCUUCGCCGCGGCGGGCAUCUCGGCAGAGUGGAACUUCAUCCUCAUUCAAGGGGUGGAGUGGCCAGAUGGCUCGUGCAACAUGCCGGAGUCAUGGCCCCUGAUCGUCGGCACUGAGUCCCGCGUCUGCGCGGAGCGCGCGCACAUCGGGCACAACAUUGCCGCGACCGCCACGGACAAGCGCGCUCGUACAGCGCAUGCUACCAACCAGGUGCUGUGCGAGGCCUUUUCUGCCGAACGAGCCGAUCGGGUGACCAUGGCGGAGAUCAACGUCACGGAGGUGUUCACUAAUGACGACGGAUGCAGUCAGGAGCGCGCGGAGAAGACCCUCAACGCGCUUGUCAAGGAGUGGAGUACCUGGUCCAAGUACGGCGCAGUCACGGCCAUCGCACCGACGAUGGCCAAGAAUAUCGACAAGGCUACUGCAUGCAGCGCCGCCGAGGGGCGCCCGCGCGCCGCCGGAUUCGACUUCGACAAGCCACCGGACACACGUACGCCUCGCUCCAGCAUCGCCAUAUUGGCGGGCAUCGCGGGGCCAUCCGCCAUCGACAAGAUGAAGACCGACGACCUUGCGAGGCGGACGCCUGCAGACAUCGAGAGGAAGCUAAACGCCAUGCCGAACUACGCAUUGCAAGGGACUUUGCGCGAGUUGAAGCUCCCGGUGUCAGGCAUCAAGGUGGACCUUGUGGCGAGGAUCGUCAAUCAUUACAACCGUGGUUGGGACUUGUCUCGUUUUAACGUGAGCACGCGGCAGUGUUUCUUCGACAGCGGGGGCCGGCGGAUCCGCAUGAUGAUCGGUUGCGCGGGGGCCACGUUCGUCACAAAUCAGUUCUGGUGUUCCCUCAUGUUCGCCCCGAACGUGGUGGGCACCGCCAACGCGACCGCAGCGGGGUGGGGCAACCUCGGCGGCGGCGUCACACAGAUUUUCAUCGUGUGGUGCCUGUUCAAGCCCUUCCAGGAGAUGGGCGCGAGCUCUGACACGGCCUGGCGCCUGUCCAUGGUCGUCCCCGGUUGCGUCUUCGUCGCGGUUGCCAUCAGCAUGAAGCUGUUUUGCUGGGACAUGCCAACGGGGCCCCGCUUCAAGACCAGCGACACGGGCAAGACAUCAAACGCGUCGAUGUGGGACUACGUGGAGUGCCUGAAGGACCCCAGGAUCGUCAUUAUGAUCUUCCAGUACGGCGCCUGCUUUGGCACGGAGCUGGUCAUGAACGCGCAGCUGGCCACCCAUUUCCGCGUCUACUUCCAGAUGGAGGCCGGCGCUGCCUCUGCCCUGGCAGGCUCCUUCGGCCUGAUGAACUUGUUCGCGCGCUCAUUGGGCGGCAUCUUCAGCGAUUUUCUUUUCGCCAGAUUCGGUUUCUCUGGCCGUAUUUGGGCUCAGUUCCUCUGCCUUUUCCUCGAGGGCAUCUUCCUGCUCGGCUUCGGAUCUGUGGAGAACUCGCAGCCAUGGUACGUCGCCCUGGCCGUCUUGCUGUGUUUCUCUCUCUUCGUGCAGAUGACCGAGGGCACCAGUUACGGCAUCGUGCCGUUCAUGAACCCGAAGCAGCUCGCGUGCACAUCCGCGCUGGUGGGGGCGGGCGGGAACUUGGGCGCCGUGAUCGCCCUGUGGUGUUUCUACAACACCCUUGGGCCCAUCGACACCCUGCUCCCGUUCAAGGUCCACGGUGCCUACGUGAUCUUUUGGGCGAUGACCUCUCCGGCGUUCUACUGGGCCGACAAGGGCGGCAUGUUCUGCGGCGCCAGUGACCCCGCCUUCCAGAAACCCGCGCCCAAGGGCUUGGUGGACGCGCACCCGCACCGCAAGGCGGCCAGUCGGUGCGUGCUCUGGACGUUGCGCUACGCCCAGGAUGGCUGGACCAACCUGCGCAGGUCGAGCGCUGAAUUUCUCGAGGCUAAUGAGGCCACGGCCGAGCAGGCGCUCGCGGCCUGGCUUAGGGGGAUGCACGACGUCGUGCCCCUUAUCUGGGCGGCCGUAGUUCUUGCAGUACGCGCAGACCCGCCCGUCUGCAGCGUCGGCAAGCUCGAGGCUCUUGUGCGCCAGUCCAUCCUUGCCGCAGCUACGGCCGGAGACCUGAAGGAGGUGCCCGACUCAAGGACUGCGCGGGCCCCGAGUCUGGCGGUGGGCGGCAUGGGUAGUCAGGCGGGUCAGAGCAGCGCGGAGAGGAGCGAAGGCCGGGCUGUGAACGCCGACGCAGCCGAGAGAUCGGGCGCGGCGCACGUGUACCGCGUUCGCGCAGUCGACAACGGGCACGCGUCCGCGGACGUGAGCCGGGGGGGUAGGGAGGAAGGGCUCACGAAGGCGGCAGGUCUCAUGAAAGACCACCCCGCCGUGCCAUCGGUCUCUGUGCACGGAGAAACGCUGGAAGGCGAGUGCAUCUUCUCCCGUGGUGCCGUGGAGCUGCCGCGUGCACAUUGCGCUUUUCGAGGGUGCGGGUGGCGGGGAUCCAGCGAAGCGGAGCUGCGCGCACAUGUGCUGGGCGAACAUCGCGAGGCGUUGCGGCAUGUCGCGGAGACGCUCGCGUGCCAUGACGAAGACGAAGCCAAACGGAGUGAGACGCAGUGCUGGUCAGCGUACAACGAGGCGAUCGCCUGGAAAGUGCGCGAGGGGGCGCCUCUCGCUUCACUGGCGAUCGAUCGUCGAUGCCUACGCGAGUAUGCGCGAAGUCUGGGAGAGGACGCCGUUCACUCUCUCGUUUGCAUGGUGUGCGCGCGGAAGUUCCCCCGCGUGGAGGGCCGAAAGGGGAACCCGAUUGAAUGGCGCGCGGUGACGGCCAGCCGGGGCGGAUUUUUCGGUCUCCCCGACGCGUUCGUGAGCGACAACAUGACGGUGGACUCGUACCUGGAGCGGUUCGGCGAAGUAGAUGGCGCUGGGGAGGGGAGCAGUGGCGUGCACCUUCGAGACCGCAUGGACGAGUUCGAGGAUUGGCACGUGUGCGUGCCAUCAGGAGACGGGCCCAUGAGAGGGCUCUGCUGCCCGGAGGACAUGCGGUGCCACAGCGGCACGACGCACGCCGUGAAUAGUGCAUGCACCGGUUGUGAAGCCCCGUUGUGCGGGGAGUGCGGGAACGCGAUGGCGGGGCCCGACGGAGUAAGGGAGGCGGCAGAUAUUUUGGAGAGCACGAAGACGAACGCCGUGGUAUGUGAGAAGAGCAGCUUCGACGAGGGAGAUAUCAAUGCGCAGCGGAUCGAGGCCGUGCGAACCUUCGUGCAACGGCUGGAUGAGGAGUGCGCGCGCGGCGAUGCGAACGGGACGUCGGAUUCCAGCGAAGAAGAGGGCGGCGACGGGACGACGGAACGGGCGCGUAAACGCGUUCGCGUCCGCGAAGGGGCGGGCCCGGGGGCGGAGCAGACGUCGCGGGCGGCGGCGGAGCGCGUCAUGCUGGAGCAGGCGACGACCGAGGGGAAGCGCGUGGACCGCCUUCGCGUGCGCACGGGAAACGUUAUGAUGGAUCAGUUCGAGCCCUGGUACUUUGGCGUCGCGUUCGCGUUUUUGUUCAAGUACUGCACGGGGAUGCCAGAUGGCCCUGAGUUCAUGAAGCGUCCGCGUCAUCGCAGGGGGAAUGGGGCGCCGCGUGUAGAGCUGCCACUGUGGGUGCGGAUUAUGAGUCGUCGCGUCGAGAGCCAGUUGUGUCGCGAUUGGCAUUUCGGGUUCGCGUCGUGGAACCUCGUGUUCCGCUCGGCGGUGAACCUGAGCAAAACGUGGUUCACGUGCGUGGCACCGAGCGCCACGGGCGAGGUGGAACAGCUGACGCCUGAGCAGAUCGGCGAAGGCGCCAAACAGAUUUACCGCGCGCUAGACAUGAAGUACGUGGACAUCAACGGCAGAAAGCAGAAGGUCAAGGGCGACAUGCGAACGCUCACCUCCAGGGCGAACGCCCGCCUCGGGGGUGCCGACUUCGCGCGCGUGGGUCACGGAGGGCUUCUGAGUUCCGGCACGGUCACUCUGGCCCGGCAGCACACGCGCGAGAGCCACGCAGACAUGUCGGAGCAGGAGUUCGCGGUGAGGGUGAACGACCAGUUGAAGUCCACGGAGUUGAGGCUGUGCGGCGCGCUCGGCAGGGACAAGAGGCAUGGUGCUCACAUGCGGGCUUUCUGGGCCUCGACAGUAUCUUUCUUCGUGGCGUUCGUGGGUUGGUUCGCCCUGAGCCCGAUCGCUAUCGAGGUGGUCCACAGCAUCGACGCUUGCGAAAACCAGCUCUUCCCACCGGUUGCGAACCCAGAGAGGAAAGCAUUCUUGAAGUUCAAGGCGAUCGCGUCGGGGAAGAAGUAUUGCCAGCAUGGGAAGAUCGGAGAGGAUAACGAUCCGACUGGGUGCCAGGAUGUGCCGCAGGACGUUUGGGACGAGAGUUGUGGCGGCGUGGCGGCCACCGCGUGCACGCAGAGCGAGACGCUCACGGACGACGUCGAUCUGUGCCCCGAGGCGUGCAUGAAAUAUCCAGCUGCCUGCGGGGGCACGGUGGCGGAUAAUUUCGAAGUCCUCCCUAAGUGCGUUUGCAGCCCGGGCACGCACUGCGGUUCGACGAUCCUGUAUUCAAGCAUCACCUCGGUCGGCAUCACGAUCUUUGUGCGCGUGGCGCUCGGCACCCUCCUCGAGAGGUUCGGCCCGGUCAAUGUGCAGUCUGGCCUCCUGCUCUUCGGAGCCAUCUGGGUCUUCGCCGCGGCGGGCAUCUCGGCAGAGUGGAACUUCAUCCUCAUUCAAGGGGUGGAGCGGCCAGAUGGCUCGUGCAACAUGCCGGAGUCAUGGCCCCUGAUCGUCGGCACUGAGUCCCGCGGCCUUCACGACGCCAUUCUAGCUACACGGAGAUGGGGCAGAAGGUCCGGCACCGAGAGGGCCUCCCCAAUCCAAUGGGCUAGACAAUCCGCCUCCAGCAGCUACGCCUCCCAACAAGUCCAAGGAGUCAGCCUGCGAGAGCAGCUGACCGUGAACCUCGGGAACCUAGCGCCCCGCAACGACAACGUGCAUGCACGACAGAAGUUCAAGCGGAAGACCCCGGCGUCUCAGACAGUCUGCGCGGAGCGCGCACACAUCGGGCACAACAUUGCCGCGACCGCCACGGACAAGCGCGCUCGUGCAGCGCAUGCUACCAACCAGGUGCUGUGCGAGGCCUUUUCUGCCGAACGAGCCGAUCGGGUGACCAUGGCGGAGAUCAACGUCACGGAGGUGUUCACUAAUGACGACGGAUUCAGUCAGGAGCGCGCGGAGAAGACCCUCAACGCGCUUGUCAAGGAGUGGCUUUCGCUCGAGGCCGCCAUUUUCAGGCAGGAGUGCCAGCGUGGAGGUAUCAAGCGGGCAUGGCCAGAACAACAGCUAGCCGACGGGCUCGCCGAGAAGAUGGAUACACCCUGCCGAGACCGAGUCUUUCAUGAGGACCUCUGGUAUUUCGGACCAGAUCCCCGUACACCUCCUUUCCGGAAGCGCCAGCUCACCGACCUGCGGGAGGAGCUACAUCGAUCCCAACGGGUGGAGCUACAGGAGGACGCAGACACUCUCAACGCCAACUACGCACGCCCAACAGAUCACAGCGCCAUGGACGACAUUAAGCAGGCACUGCAGCGAAUGCAGCGCGUGACCCAUCGAUGCAUCGACAAGCUUCACGCGCCCAGCAUCGCCAUAUUGGCGGGCAUCGCGGGGCCAUCCGCCAUCGACAAGAUGAAGACCGACGACCUUGCGAGGCGGACGCCUGCAGACAUCGAGAGGAAGCUAAACGCCAUGCCGAACUACGCAUUGCAAGGGAUUUUGCGCGAGUUGAAGCUCCCGGUGUCAGGCAUCAAGGUGGACCUUGUGGCGAGGAUCGUCAAUCAUUACAACCGUGGUUGGGACUUGUCUCGUUUUAACGUGAUCACGCGGCAGUGUUUCUUCGACAGGUGCUGGAGCACCAAUUUCUGGUGCUCCCUCAUGUUCGCCCCGAACGUGGUGGGCACCGCCAACGCGACCGCAGCGGGGUGGGGCAACCUCGGCGGCGGCGUCACACAGAUUUUCAUCGUGUGGUGCCUGUUCAAGCCCUUCCAGGAGAUGGGCGCGAGCUCUGACACGGCCUGGCGCCUGUCCAUGGUCGUCCCCGGUUGCGUCUUCGUCGCGGUUGCCAUCAGCAUGAAGCUGUUUUGCUGGGACAUGCCAACGGGGCCCCGCUUCAAGACCAGCGACACGGGCAAGACAUCAAACGCGUCGAUGUGGGACUACGUGGAGUGCCUGAAGGACCCCAGGAUCGUCAUUAUGAUCUUCCAGUACGGCGCCUGCUUUGGCACGGAGCUGGUCAUGAACGCGCAGCUGGCCACCCAUUUCCGCGUCUACUUCCAGAUGGAGGCCGGCGCUGCCUCUGCCCUGGCAGGCUCCUUCGGCCUGAUGAACUUGUUCGCGCGCUCAUUGGGCGGCAUCUUCAGCGAUUUUCUUUUCGCCAGAUUCGGUUUCUCUGGCCGUAUUUGGGCUCAGUUCCUCUGCCUUUUCCUCGAGGGCAUCUUCCUGCUCGGCUUCGGAUCUGUGGAGAACUCGCAGCCAUGGUACGUCGCCCUGGCCGUCUUGCUGUGUUUCUCUCUCUUCGUGCAGAUGACCGAGGGCACCAGUUACGGCAUCGUGCCGUUCAUGAACCCGAAGCAGCUCGCGUGCACAUCCGCGCUGGUGGGGGCGGGCGGGAACUUGGGCGCCGUGAUCGCCCUGUGGUGUUUCUACAACACCCUUGGGCCCAUCGACACCCUGCUCCCGUUCAAGGUCCACGGUGCCUACGUGAUCUUUUGGGCGAUGACCUCUCCGGCGUUCUACUGGGCCGACAAGGGCGGCAUGUUCUGCGGCGCCAGUGACCCCGCCUUCCAGAAACCCGCGCCCAAGGAACCAACAGUGGCUUAG